UUAUUGCAGCAUUUUGUUUUCAGACAGAGAGUAGGCUGUAAGAGACCAGACGUGACCUCGACGGACGGACAGAGAUCAAGCUCCUCACGGUGAAAAUCAUGUUUAAACUCGCUGUGGUCGCUCUCGUGCUUCUCAGCGCCAGCUGUUUUGCCAAACAAUCUCCUCCAAAAGUGCAGGUGUACAGCCGCAACCCUGGAGAGUAUGGGAAGAAAAACGUGCUGAUCUGCUACGUCAGUGGCUUUCACCCCCCGGACAUCACCAUUGAGCUCCUGAAGAACGGGGUGGAGAUCCCGGGCAGCCAACAGACCGACCUGGCCUUCGAACAGGGCUGGCAGUUCCACCUGACCAAGUUUGUUGACUUCACCCCCCAGCCGGGAGAGCACUACAGCUGCAGAGUCCGACACAUGACCGACACAAAAUCCUACACGUGGGAACCUGACAUGUGAACAACAGUUCGUUCUCUCCAGCUAUUCUCCCUCACUUCAGACCUGCUUUGAUUUCAUUGUGUCCAGUGCUGGAGUUAAACUCUGCAGGACAGUUAGCAGAGCGGCCUCCUGCAGCGUUUAACUCCAGCACUAAUGAAGCGCUCCUGAACCGGGAUUGGACACCUCUGCUUCAGGAUAUAUGCUUCCUGUGUUGUAUAGACUGCAAUAUGUUUUCUUACACAUGAUGAAGAGAAGUUUCUAACUUUGUAUCUGUUUCAGUUUCUGUUGAUGUGUCAGGGUGACUGAUCUGCCUGCAGUGUAUAUCGGCACAUUUCUAAAAGCUUGGGUGUGGAAUUUCUUGCCUUGAUUUAGUCUUCAAAACUUCAGCACUUUGACAUAUUAAUGUCUUUGUAUAUUACUUAUUAAUGUUGUAUUAUGUGCUUAUUACGUAUAAAUGUGUUUUAAAUUUGAAGAUUCAGGAGAAGAGACUUGUUGAUUUGAGGGGCAUGCUUCUUGCAGUCAAACGUGUUUUUAGUGUUUAGUAGCCUCUAGCUUCCGGCAGACACUGCUUCUGGAAAGAUUUAAUGUCCCUGUUAAUAAAUCAGAGGUUCGCUGUAAAAAUCAGUGACAAAAGAUUACAAAUUUGAAAUUUAAGCCUAAAUCUGUUCAUGAUGUAUGAACAUCACUGACUCUAUAAUUCAUAAUGUCUUGUAAUUCGGUUCAAUAAAACAUUUUUCCUUAUUAA